AUGGCCGGUGAUUGGAGAAUCAGUGCCGAUGAUCGAGCUAAGUACGAUUCGUACUUUCAACAAUGUAGUCCAAUGCAAGGCUUUGUAUCAGGAGAUCAAGCACGAAGUUUUUUUAUUAAAUCUAACUUACCGGGAGAUAUUCUUCGAAAAAUAUGGGAUCUCUCGGAUAUAACAGCCGAUGGUCGUUUAGAUAAACGAGAAUUUACUAUUGCUUGUCAUCUGAUUUCAUCUCAAGUUCAAAAAAAAGUACCACUACCACAAGCACUUCCACCAACUCUACUCUCUGACGCCAUUGCAAUAACAGCGAAUGGCAUGUCAAAUCCCAUGCCUGCAUUCCCAUUGCCAAUAACUGGAGCAUUCAAUAAUUGGAGUGCUUCAAUUACGCCGUUAGUUUCUGGUCCACCUAUAAAAACAGUUGUUGUUCCUCCUGCACCAUUAACAGCAGCCGUUCGUUCAAAAUAUCUUCAAAAAUUUCAUUCGUUAGUUGAUGUUACCAAAACCAAUGGAUUUAUGACUGGUUUACAAGCACGAAAUAUUCUUCAGCAAAGUGGUUUAUCACAAACACUACUUCAUCAAAUAUGGAAUUUAGCCGAUCAUGAUAAAGAUGGUCGUUUAACAGCUGAUGAAUUUGUCGUUGCAAUGCAUUGUUGUGAUGUUGUACGUGCUGGUCAAAUUUUACCGUCUCGUUUACCUGACGAAUGGCUGCCAGCAAAUACAGCACAACUUGAACGAACCGGUACAUUAGUGAAACCAUAUGUUCAGCAAGCAUUUGCUAAUAUUAAUCAAGAAUUGAAAGAUACAUUUAAAUUUACAAAUACAAGCGAAAGUCAUUCUCCUGAAACCGUUGAGACGGAACGAAGAAAUAGCAUCGUGACUUAUGAAGAAAAACGUUUGAAGAACUAUGAGGAUGGAUAUAAAGAAUUAGAACGUCGUCGACAAUUAUUACGUGAACAGGAAGAACGUGAACAUCGGGAACGUGAAGAACGAGAACGGAAACGCGAAUUAGAAUUACAAAAACAAAAGGACGAUCAAGAACGUAAAAAACAACUGGACUUUGAACGACAAUUAGAAAGACAAAGACAAAUCGAACAACAAAAAGAAGAAGAACGAAGAAAAAUGUUUGAACAACGAGAGGCUGCACGAAAAGAAUUAGAACGUAAAAGUCGUCUUGACUGGGAACGUCAACGUAUGCAAGAAUUAUCGAGUCAAAAAUCUCGGUUACUCGAACAAAUCAAUGAUUUAAAAUCUCGUGAAAAAGGUCUCGGACUUGAAGUGCAAAGUAUGGACGAUACAAUACAAACUAAGCAAAGAAAAAUUAAUGAAACAAAUACAAAUAUACAAACAAUUGAUCAAUCAAUUGGUGAUAUUCAGAAACGUACAAUACAAGAAAAAAAUCUGUUAGAAAAUUUUGAACAACAACGAAAAGAUUUGAAAUUAAAGUUACAGCGCUUACAAUCCGAAAGAGAAUCAAUUAAUUCAUCUUUAAAACAUCUUAGUCAAUCGAAAGAAUUCAAUAUGGAUAGUCGAGAAUCGGAUCAACUGAGAUUUCUACAGCUUCAACUAGACAAUGUGAAACAAGAGAGUACACGUGUCGAUGAACAAAUCACAACUAUGAAUCAUCAAUGUAAACAAUAUCAACAUCAAAUGGAGCAACUGCAUCGUCAACUUACUCAACUUGAACAGGAUGCUAAAACUAAGAAACCAAUAAGUAAAAUAAUACCACCCACAAUACUUCCCAAUUAUGAUCAAUCUCGUGCUAACAAUGAUUUCAAUGUUCCAGCUCAUUCGUUUCCUGUAGCUCCUUCAUCUGCUAUUGAUAACGAUCCAUUUCGAACAGUUGAUCCAUUUGCUUCUGAAUCUGAUAUAGGCACUUCAACAACAAUAGCUGAUGAUGAUUGGUUUCGACCAGCAAAUAAUGGAACUGCAAAAAAUGAUCCGUUUGUUCCUAAAAACGAUGUUUUUCCGAAAAAUAAAAAACUCGCUCCUAAACCAAGUGUUAAACAAACACCAGCACCUGGUCCAUGGGGAGAACUACAAACGAAUAAUAAGGUUACUUCUCCAUUCACUGCAAAAGAUGAAUGGCCACAAGCAUUUUCAACAGUUCCAAAUGGAAAUUCUUCAUCUGGAAAUACUCAAUAUCGAGCUUUAUACGAUUAUGUACCUCAACGUGAAGAUGAAAUAGCUAUGUCAGCCGGAGAUAUCAUAACAAUUGAUCCAACACAAAAACAACAAGAUGAAAACUGGUUAUACGGAAAAAUUGGAAAUGGUAAACAAGGAUUUUUUCCAGCUGCUUAUGCUGAACGUUUUGCAUCAACGUCUUCGUCUACGAAUGGAAAUUCUGUUGAUACAACUUCGCCAUUAGUGUCUGGAUCGAUGGCAAUGGCAUUGGCAGAUUGCCAAGGCAAAACAGCCGAUAAACAUUUGUCAUUUCAAAAAGGUGAACUUAUUCAUGUACGUGAACAGAAAGAUGCUUCUUGGUAUAGUGGACAACUUCGUGGAAAGAUCGGUUGGUUUCCAAGAAGUUAUGUUAGACCAGCAACUGAAUUAGAAAUACAAAAUAGUACAAAUAUAAUUAAAACUGCACCAAUAAGUGAAAAAUCGUUGCAACCGCCAAUUCCGUCGAUUACGAACAACGUUGUUUGGCGUCAGGCACCAACUCUUCCAUCAAUACCUGAUAUCUAUGAAGCUAUUUAUCCCUAUGAAGCAAAAGAUGUUGCAGAUCUAUCAUUUAAUGCUGGUGAUCGUAUCGUUGUAUUACAGCGUGAUGGUGAUUGGUGGACUGGAAAAAUCGGUGAUCGCACAGGAACUUUUCCGAAUAAUUACGUUCAAAAAGUUGGAGCAUCACAACAAGAAGUCGCUGUUGCAAUCGCGCCGUUUCACACUAACGAAGAAGGACGUUUAUCGUUUGACCAAGGUCAACUUAUUUAUGUAACAAAAAAGGGUGAUAAAGGAUGGUAUCAAGGAGAAAUUCGAUCUUCUGAUCAACCAAUGCGUUUUGGUUGGUUUCCAGCGAAUUGCGUACAAAUGCAAACAGCUUCUACAUUUACGCCGCCGGUUUCUAUGUAUCAAAAUGCUUCAGAAUAUCCUCGAUGUGUUGCUCUUUUUGCAUACGAUGCUCAACAAGAAGAUGAAUUAAGUUUUCCAGUCGAUGCCGUUUUAGAAAUAUUAGAUCAAACAGGUAAUAGUGGUUGGUUUAAAGCUCGAUAUGGUAAUCAAGUUGGUUUGAUUCCAUCGACGUAUGUCAAAUCAAUCGACGAACAUAAUACAUCUGCACCACCUACGCCAUAUCGUCUUGUUCCGGCCAUACCUACUGCAGCUGAUUCAUCGCAACAUCUCUAUUUUAACGAUUCAACCAUGAAAACAGUAUCAAAUGACGGCGAUACAUCAUUGUCAUCAUCACAAAAUGUGCCAAUGCAUUCAUUAAGACUAUCUGCUAUUCGAGAAUUAAUCGAAACUGAACAACGUUAUGUUGAUGAUCUAUCAAUUGUGACUAAUCAAUUUAUUAGACCCUUGAAUAAUGCUCGAGCUUUGAAUGAACAAGAAAUCGGCCAACUAUUUAUUAAUUGGUUUGAUUUAAUUGCACUCAAUAGUAAUCUUUUAAAUGCAUUGCACGCACAAGUAGAUUAUAAAGAAGCACUUCCCCUAACAGGAAGCGACGUAGUUAUGCGUGCACCUCGAUCAGCAUCUUUGUCAAAUAUUGCAUUAGCUGCUCAGGCUCCAUCGAAAAGUGUUACCGAUAUUCGUCAUCGUUCAUUUACUCCUGAUGUAUCUCAAUCGGCAUCGCUUCGCCGAUUGAAACAUCGUAGUGGAACUCAUCAUCGUUCACCGUCGAUAAAUCGUAUAGCAUUUAAACCUACUAUUGAACACGUAAACGAUGAUGAAGAUGGUCCCCCAGCUCCUCUCCUAUCAGCAGGAUCAAUGACAAUAACAGAAUCAACUAGAAUAGGCGAAAUUCUUUGUUUACAUUUACCAAAUAUGGCCAAUGAUUAUUUUCAAUAUUGUAAUAACCGUGCACAAGCAAAUAAAUCUCUGCAAGCAAAAAUCGAUUCCAAUGAACAAUGCCGUGCGUAUUUAAAAAUUUUCCAAGAAAAAACCGGUGGUUUAUCAUUGAAUGGAUUUUUAACAAAACCCAUUCAACGUGUUACACGUUAUCCAUUAUUAAUUGAAAAAGUGCUGAAACACACUUUAGCAAAUCAUCCAGAUUAUCAAUCAUUAAAGCAAGCACUCGAAUGUGCACGCCAAUUAAAUGAACGAAUCAAUAAACAAAUAAGUGAUCAAGAAAAUAGUUUACGUUUAGAUUGGUUACACCAACAUUUAUCAUUUGGUAGCGAUGAAAAUCCUUCGGAUCGAUAUAUAUUAGAUGAAUUAAUCAAAUUCAACUCGUUCAAUAGAUAUAAUGUACAACGAAAAUUAAUUUUACAUGGCUUAUUAAUGAAGGUACCAAGUGGAAAAGAAUUAUUAGGAUUCUUGUUUAAUGAUUUUCUUCUAUUUUCAACAAUAAAAUCAUCAUCGACGAAUUGGCAAACACAAAUAUUUGAACUAAAAUCAGCAUUACAAUUAAAACUCUAUCGAUUGCCAUUAUUUUUAACAGACAUUAUCAUUGCCAAUGAAUCACUCAAUGAUCAACUGUCAUUUUCUAUUACAACGAAAAUUCAUGAGAAACCAUUUGUAUUAAAAUCACAACAAACCAAUGUUCGCACUCUAUGGGUAAAAUCAAUUAAUAAUGCUGUUGAAGAAUGCCAAGCGGCAGAAAAAUCAAUUCUAACUGAUAAAGCCAUGUUCACAGUUGCAGAUAGUAAACGUGAUUCAAGAGCAGCAGUGGCACGUCUUCUUCUCGUCGUACAAGAAGCUUAUGAUUUAGUCCCAUCAACUACAACCCGUGAACGACAUCGUUCUCUUGAUCCGUAUUGUGAAAUCACUGUUGGUUCAUUAACAUUGAAAACACCAUUUCUAAAGCGAACAGUUAAUCCAAAGUGGAAUGCACCUAUGCAAUUUCUUUUAUAUAAUCUUAAUGAAGAUGUUAUUCAUAUAAAUAUAUUUGAUAAUGAAUAUUUCUCACCCAACGAAAGUCUGGGCUAUACAUCCGUACAUCUUGUUGAUAUCCUUCCAUGUCCAUUGGAUAAAUUUAUAACUCAGCCUUCGCUUCCAUUUACCCAAAAACUUUAUCUAAAUAGUGGUUCAUCAAUCGUGAUUAAAUUUGUUGUUCAAAUUUUGAUAACAUAG